AUGUCAACCGUAAAGAAAUUACCCGUCGGCGCUGACUUCAUACUCACCCACCACGCCACAUCUUACGACUACAUUUCACCUGUAAAAUUGGACUUUGCGGGUCAGCAUGUCCUGAUCACUGGCGCAGCACACGAAGACGGAGUGGGAUAUGCUACUGCUACAGCUUUCGCGCGCGCAGGAGCAUCUGGAAUAGCAUGUUGCGAUCUACACGGUAUAUCCGAUAACAUCAUCAGCGAGUUAAAAUCAGCUGCGAAACUAGCCAAUCGCGAAGAGCCACUGGUAAUGGGCUACAAAGUUGACAUCUCGAGCCAAGAAACUCAAGAGUUCAACGGGAGACUGGACGUUCUUGUCAACAAUGCCGCACAUAUGGAACCAUACAAGCCUUUUCUCGAGUCUGACCCUGACAUCCACUGGCGAACAUGGGAAGUAAAUAUUCGAGGCCUCUUCAACAUGGCGCGCGCAUUCCUCCCCAUGCAGCUAUCGGGUUAUUCCAAAUUUGGCAGCUCUUGCGUCAUGAUCAACGUAUCGUCAUCAGGAGCUCUGAGUGUCCGCCCUGGUAGCGGAAGUUAUCGAAGCUCCAAGCUCGCAAUGCUUCGAUGGACCGAGUCACUGCAAGUCGAGUACGGAGAACAGGGACUCUUAGCUCUCUGCGUUAACCCUGGGGCAAUCAAAACAAAGAUCACUGAAGGGGCGCCUGAAGCAGUUAGAAAUGCACUUCCCCAUCGGCCAGAUAUAGCUGGUGAUACAAUUGCUUGGCUAGCUUCUGAGCGCAGGGAUUGGCUUGGUGGAAGAUAUGUGAGUUGCCCGUGGGAUAUGGAGGAGCUUCUUGCCAAGAAGGAUGACAUUGUUAAAGAGGAUAAACUUAAGUUAAGAAUGGUUGUUUAA